AUGACACGUGUCUUUCUCACAGGCGCCUCGGGAUACAUUGGCGGGGAUAUCCUGCAUGUACUCGCAUCUGCGCAUCCAGAAUAUGAGUGCAGUGUCCUGGUGCGAGACAGCGACAAAGCGGCUGCGAUCUCGAAGGCAUAUCCGGAUGUCCGUACUGUUUUGGGAGAUCUUGAUUCUGCGUCGCUCAUCGAAGAGGAGGCAGCUCAAGCCGAUGUAGUUAUCAACGCCGCCAGCAACAAACAUAUCGAAAGUGCCAAGGCAAUUGCUCUUGGCCUGGCCCGGCGCAUCGGAUCCAGACCUGGUUACUGGAUCCAAAUUUCUGGGGCGACCGUCCUCACAAUUCCCGAUAUUAUCAACAAAAGUUUCGGAGAGGGACGUGAGCAAAUUGUCAGUGAUAUCGAUGAUGCCGAUGAAAUUCGUGAAAUCGUUCGUCAGAACGCUGACCGGCGAAUGUUGGACAAUUUCAUUCUCAACGAGGUCAAGGGCCCGAAAACGGCUCUGAUAUUUGGACCGAUGAUCUACGGCCAGGCGCGAGGGCCGGUCAAUCGGCGAAGCGUGCAAGUCCCUGAACUGGCAAGAGUCACCCUGCAGAACCGCGGUGCCGUGCAAGUCGGCAAGGGUGAAAGCACGUGGAGUAAUAUUCACAUCUUCGACUUGACUGAUAUUGUCGUGCGGCUGGUUGAGAAGGCGGUUAAGGGUGAGGAUAAUGGUCUCUGGAAUCAGGAUGGGCUGUAUUUCACGAGCAACGACAAGGAGAAUGAUCUGCUGAGCUUUGCAAAGGUUUCGCAGCUUGUGGCUCAGGCGGCGCAUAACCUCGGUCUGGCGGACUCGGCGUCAGUCAAGAGCAUUAGCUAUGAUGAGGCAGAAAAACUAUCUGAUCAUUCUGGUAUCCUUUGGGGCACCAAUGCACAGCAGCGCUCUCAGCGUGCUUUGCAGCUUUUGGGAUGGGCUCCAAAGGCUGACUCUUUGGAAAAGGAUAUCUCCGCGAUUGUCCGUGCUGAAGCGGUUCGUCUGGGUUUGUUGUAG